ACGCGCGCGGGGGGCGGGGCGUCACACAGGAAGACGCGGCUUCUCUUCAGUCUCCUCCUCGCCUCGCGUCGCGUCGCGUCCGUGUUCAGAGAUGCAGCGACUUCGGCUCUGGCGCGCGCUGCCGCUCCUCUUCCUGCCGUUUCUGGGAAGCGCCGUUGAUUUCAAGACGCGGACGGGACCGCGCGUGACGGACAAGGUGUUUUUUGACAUCACCGUCGGAGGACACGAGGUGGGCCGGGUCGUGAUCGGUCUGUUUGGAGAGGUCACUCCGCUGAGCGCGCAGAACUUCGUGGCUCUGGCCACAGGAGAGAAGGGCUACGGGUACAAAGGCAGCAAGUUCCAUCGAGUCAUCAAGGACUUCAUGAUCCAGGGAGGAGACUUCACGGCCGGGGACGGGACCGGAGGUAAAAGCAUCUACGGAAGCACGUUUGCAGACGAGAACUUCAGGCUGAAGCAUCUGGGAGCAGGCUGGGUCAGUAUGGCCAACGCCGGACCGGACACCAACGGGUCGCAGUUCUUCAUCACGCUAGCCAGAGCGCCGUGGCUGGACGGGAAACACGUGGUGUUCGGAAAAGUCUUGGAGGGGAUGUCUGUGGUUCACACCGUGGAGCUCCAGGACACGAACGAGAGGAACCUGCCCUACACCGAGUGUGUGAUCGUGAACAGCGGCCAGAUCCAGCUCAAAGAGCCCUUCGUGGUGGAGGUGGAGGGAUGGUGAACCUCUUCGUCUCGUUCUUCUCUUACUAUGCAGACACCACUCUAUCUGUCCACUCUGAAACAAAGUCACCCGGCAACAUUUCAUAAUCUCCUCCAGUCAUCUUAAUAUUACAGUAUAGCUACUUUAGAAGUUUAUUACAACUAAGAACAAGACAGAUCUACGAUUAAGAUUAAAUAUAUAACGUUCACAGCCAUUAACUGAACAUUCGUGUAAGACGUGACGAGAUCUAACCAGACCUUACAGGAAGAUAAAUGGGAUGGCGAUCGUUUUGUUUUCAUCAGAGUGGGUUCUGAAAAUCAUAUUCCGCUGAUUUAGACUCGUUUCAUGGAGAACUAGAUAUGAAUAUUCACUGCGCCUCACCACGAUAAACCAACAACUUGAGAAAACACUCAAAUAAAGAUGAUUUAAGAUGAUUGACUCCUGUCUGGAGCGGGCUUCAUCAACUCAGUGUAAGGAAAAGCUCAACAUCAGCAUCUUUUCCAGCAUGGCUCACAGAUGUGUGUGUUUUAACACUAAUCUCUCACACACACACACACACACACACACACACACACACACACACACACACACACACCUCUCUGUCCUCUGAGUGCCAGAAGACACACACACUUCGACACUAUUUUAAUUGUGAUGUAGAAACACGAGUAAUCUAUUAGAACAAUCUGUCUUUUGUUUUAAAAGAAACUAUGUAAAUAUUAAUUCAUAUUUAUAAACUAAUUCAAUCAUUUCACAGCAUUUAAUGAUCAGUUAUACAGUCAAACCACAGCUAUUCAGAGAGCACACAUAGUUUAGUUCAUUAACUUCUGAACUCUUACCGUGGGCUAGCGGUGAAAUAAAACACUGCUUUUUCUUUACUUCUAAUAUUUGAUUUGAUUCAACUAUUCAACACAAGUCAUUACUUCUCUUUCUAUCAAAGUUUGAUAUUGUCUAGAUGAACUUGUUCUCUUUUAUAUAAACUAAUAACUGGCAUGUAAGGUCUUCAUCUCAGUUCUAGCUUCACCGUCUGCUCUGUGAUCUGUAAAAUCAGCAUGAUUAUUAGAUCUCUGUAUCGUGAUGUACUUCAGAUAUUCAACACAUUUCAUUCUUAAUAGAAGUAGAAGCAUGAAUUAGACGUAGAGUCGGGUUUGAUGAUCAAUAAUGCUGCGGUCUGAAAAUAAAAUACUUCCUUCUGAA